UUUUUUUUUUUUUAUUCUCUAUCUCUCUUUCUCACUUUCUGUGAAUGAUACUUCAAGAAACGUUCCAAUCCUUAUCUCACUCCUUUCGUCGGUCCUUUCACUGUACAACGCGUUCUAGUCAAGCACUUUAUGGAUGGGGACAAACAAAAGCAUUACCAUUGACACGAGAUCCUACUGUUUUCACUCAACCAACAUUACUGCAAGAACAAACUGAUUAUGCUUUACCAGCUUCAGCAAACAUCACUCAUAUGGCAGCUGGUUGGGGUCAUUCUUUAUUAGGAACGAAAGAACACGUCUAUGGUUUUGGACUCAAUAGAUCUCAUCAACUUGGGCAACCUGAUAAGGAUCAUGUCAUUCUAUCAUUGAAGAACAAUAGAAGUUUAAGGGGUGUUGUCUGUGGUCGAGAACACUCACAUAUCGUACUAACGGAUAAUGACAAAUUAAAUGAUAUUAUUUAUAGUAUGGGUAACAAUAUGUAUGGACAACUUGGUAUUGGACAAAGCAAAUCAACACAACCUGGACAUUUUGUUAUGUGCAAACAACCUACUGUGAUUCCUACUAAUAGUUAUGAUGGAAGAAUUACCGAUAUUGUAUGUGGUUUGGACAAUACUAUUUUUGCUACAGAUGCGAACAAGAUUUAUGCUAUGGGAUGGGGCGCUGAUGGCCAACUUGGACAAGGACCAGGUUUAUCAAGUGAUACAAAUAUACCUAGUUGUCUACCUUUGAAUAAAUCUAUACAAAAACUCUCAAGUUCAACAGACUUUACAUUGGCUCUCGAUAGAGAAGGUGGGCUUUGGGUAUGGGGUAACUCAGAAUAUGGUCAAGGCAUGCAGGGUGAGAAAAUAGAUCGCAUAUUAGAUCCAUUACCUGUGACUAUGAUGGAACGAAAAACAAUAGUGGAUAUUGCAGCUGGGGGACCAUUUUCAGUAAUCUUGACUGAUGAAGGACAAGUAUAUACCUGUGGUUAUGGAAGUAUAGGAUUAGGUAAAGAAGUGAUUGAAACAUUGUCUUUACAAAAAGUCAAAGGAUUAGACAAGAUCAUUCGUGUAUUUGCCGCCACUGACUAUGCUGCAGCUCUUUCAGAAUCUGGUGAUUUGUUUACUUGGGGACUCAACGGACAAAGUGGACGAUUAGGAUUGGGUCAUCAUCAACAUGAAUUUAUUGCCAAACAAGUACUUUUCAAUAAUAACAAAGUGAUAGAUGUAGUUUUAGGCACCAACCAUGCUAUGGCCCUUUGUAUAUAGUUUAUAUAGAUCUCCCUUUUUAUUAUAGUAUUUACAAAAUAAAAGUAGAACAUACCAUUUUUGGCC